GGCGCGUGUGGGCGCUCCUCUCUCUCUCUCUCUCUCGGAGCCCAAAAUAUCAGAUAUAAAUCUUUGGAAUCUCUCUGGGAAACUGAAGGAAGGAAACGAGGGAUCUCUUCUCUCUUCAGCUCAGCCAUCCAUGGCUCCCAGCAAGUCCAAUUCUUCAGGUGAUGCAAGUGUUUCAUGCCCACAACCAGAGAAUGGUUGUCUCAAUUCACUUUCCCUCUUAAGUUCAGAGAAGGCAGUCGAGGAACUUCUCGAGCAAUCUUCACUUCAGGAAACAGAUGACCACCUCAUAGAGUUCUCAGAGGCUAUGAGAACGGUUGCAAAGGCCCUGAGACGAGCUGCCGAAGGAAAGGCUUCUGCACAAGCUGAAGCAGCUGAAUGGAAGCGCAAAUAUGAACUGGAGAGGGCGCGCAAUCUGCAUCUGGAACCUAAAGGGCCAUCACAUAGAGAGAAUAACGGGGAUGAUGAGAGGAUAGAGAACUUGGCCAGGAGAUCAAAUGACCAAUCUGAACAAUGUUGUGGGAGUAAUGGGAUAUGCUCUCAUGAAGUUCUUCGGGAUGGUGAAUGUGAUACUGAUUCAAAAUCGCUUCUCAAUAAGUUUGCAAGAAAGGCGUCAUUCAAACUUUCAUGGUGCUGCAAAGGUGACCAGAGUGACCAGCACAAGCAUGACAUUGUCUCUUUUGAAAGAGGAAACAUAACAACUGCAGAGCGCAGCAGUAAACAGAUUUCUUUGAAGUGGGAAACUCACCCACGGACUGUGCUUAUAUUGACCAAACCAAAUUCAACUUCUGUUCGAAUUCUGUGUGCAGAAAUGGUCAGAUGGUUGAGAGAGCAGAAAAAGUUAGAUAUUUAUGUGGAGCCACGUGUGAGAGUUGAACUUGUGACAGAGUCAUCAUACUACAACUUCGUCCAGACAUGGAAAGAAGACACUGAGAUUAUGCUCCUGCAUACAAAAGUUGACCUUGUGGUAACUCUUGGUGGGGAUGGAACUGUCCUCUGGGCAGCAUCCAUGUUCAAAGGACCAGUUCCUCCUGUUGUGCCAUUUUCUUUAGGAUCUUUGGGAUUUAUGACUCCAUUUCACAGUGAACAGUACCGGGAUUAUCUUGAUUCACUUUUAAAAGGUCCCAUUAGUAUCACGCUACGGCACCGGUUGCAGUGCCAUGUUAUUAGAGAAUCAGCUAAAAAUGAGUACGAAACUGAAGGGCCAAUACUUGUUUUAAAUGAGGUUACAAUUGACCGUGGGAUAUCAUCAUAUCUCACAAAUUUGGAAUGCUAUUGUGACAACUCUUUUGUCACAUGCGUCCAAGGAGAUGGGCUGAUAUUAUCGACAACAUCUGGCAGUACUGCGUAUUCAUUAGCAGCUGGAGGAUCAAUGGUCCAUCCCCAGGUUCCAGGCAUCCUCUUUACCCCUAUUUGUCCUCAUUCCCUAUCGUUCCGGCCUCUGAUAUUACCUGAGUAUGUGACAUUGCGAGUACAAGUACCUUUUAACAGCAGAAGCCAUGCAUGGGCAUCAUUUGAUGGGAAGGACAGGAAACGGCUGGCAGCUGGUGAUGCACUCGUGUGCAGUAUGGCUACUUGGCCCGUCCCCACUGCAUGUCAAGUUGAUUCAACCAGUGAUUUCUUAACUAGCAUUCAUGAUGGCCUGCACUGGAAUCUGAGAAAGACUCAAUCUUAUGAUGGCCCAAGGGAUAUAUAAUACAUAUUUUCGUUUUUGUAUAUUAGUUUAUGUAGUUAACAGGGGAUCUUGUUAGAAUAUUAAUCUUACUUGUGCCAUAUAGAAGGGAAUACACGGUGGGGGUUUGAGUGGGGUGGGAAGGUGAAAGCAAAUUUAGAGAUUCCUGUAAUUUUUUUUUUUUUCAUUUUUAUCAUUUUCCCCGCUAAAGAGGAGCAUAUGUGCUUUCUCCUCCAAUAAGUUAGCAGAACGAAUGUUAAGAUCGAAUGUAACCACGAAUGUCGUAGGAAUUUGUAAAAUGGAUAAUGAUUAUUUACUGAUUUGAUAUAUACAAGAAAUUUGGUAGAUGUCUAA